GUGAAAAUAUUUAAAAAUGUCAGAAGAAUCAAUUAUGCCUUUGAAUGACCAUGCAAUUAAAAUUGAACCACCAGAUUAUGUAGAAGAAGACAUUAAACGCGAAAUUGAAGAAUUUGAUGUUAUUGAUGAUAUUAUUAAGUCUGAAUCCUGUUCUGAAGAACAGGAUGAUGACACGUGCUUAGAAAGAUUCAUGAAUUCUGAAGUGACGAUAGAAGAGGAAGUCAAACAAGAGUCAAUCGAGACAUCCGCUUAUGAAUGUAACAUUUGUAACAUAUCAUUUGUAGAAUCAUAUCACCUAAAAGGGCAUAUGGUUGUUCACAGCAAAGAACGCCCUUUCAAAUGCAAAGUCUGUCACAAGACUUUCAAACUACCAAAAGGAUUGAAAACACAUAUGAUUACGCAUUCUGAAGAACGUCCCUUCAAAUGCACAAUUUGCAAUCAGGCGUUCAAACAAUUGGCUGUUUUAAAAAGGCACAUGCUUAUUCACAGUGGUGAGCGCCCACAUCGAUGCAGUAUAUGUAAUAAGACAUUCACACAAUUAUGUGCUCUGAAAAAACAUAUGUACAUUCACAGUGGUGAUCGCCCCCAUGCAUGCAACAUAUGCAAGAAAUCAUUCACUCAAUUAAAUCGUCUGAGAAGUCACAUGAUGAUGCACAGUGGAGUACGCCCUCAUGAAUGCAAUACAUGUAAUAAAACAUUCACAGAAUUAAAUAAACUGAAAAGUCACAUGCUUAUGCACAGUGGUGAGCGGCCCUAUGAAUGCAAUGUGUGUAGUAAGACAUUCACAAAUUUGGAUAAUCUGAAAAGUCACAUGGUGAUGCACAAUGGACUACGUUCCCAUGUAUGCAGUAUAUGCAAUAAGGCAUUUAAACGAGUAAGUGAUCUGAAAAGACACAUGCUGAUACACAGUGGUGACCGGCCCUACGAAUGCAAUAUAUGCAAUAAGACAUUCAUGCAAUCAUGGAAACUGAAAGUUCACAUGAUGAUGCAUAAUCGAGUAUGCCCUCAUAAAUGCAGUAUAUGCAAUAAGUCAUUCAAAAAAUUAGAUGAUCUGAAAUGCCACAUGCUGAUGCAUAAUGGAGAAAACCCCUAUGAAUGCAGUAUAUGCCAUAAGAUAUUCACACAACAAAGUAAUCUGAAAAGACACAUGCCGGUUCAUUAUGGAGAGCGUCCUUUUAAAUGUGAAAUAUGCAAUAAGACAUUUACUCACUCAAGCUAUUUGAAGAAACACAUGGCAAUUCAUAGAGUAGAAAUUAAAUUUAAGUAGAUGUAGA